CUCAAUUAGACACAAAUCAUAGAAGAAGAAUCCAUGUCGUCAAACGCAAUAGCAACUUCGACCCGCAUCUUGUUUCUUUUCCUCACCGUCUCUUUCGCCGUCUCCGACCAAAAGACAACCGGUUACGACGCUGUCAAAAGCUACAAUUUACCAGCCGGAAUCCUCCCAAAAGGUGUCGUUGACUACAAGCUUAACCCCAAAACCGGCGAUUUCAACGUCUAUUUCAACGGCACGUGUAAAUUCUCCAUCCAAUCGUACCAGCUCAAGUACAAUGCAACUAUCUCCGGCGUUAUAUCCACUGGCAAUGUCAAGAAUCUGAAUGGCGUUAGCGUUAAGGUGCUUUUAUUCUGGGUUAAUAAAGUUGAGGUGUCUCUUGACAGUGGCAAUCUUGAUUUCUCCGUCGGUGUCGCGUCGGCGAGUUUUCCGGCGGCGGAUUUUGUGGAGAGUCCUCAGUGUGGUUGUGGGUUUGACUGUAAUGGGUUUCUCUUUUCUUCUUGAAUCUGUUAGGCCCACAUGUGUUCCUCCUAGUACUGAAU